AUGCAUCGUAUUGCUUCUCCGCGUGCUCCGCGUGAAGGUAUCCGCAACGAGAUUGUCGUCGUCUUCGGCGAGUUUUGCGGAACAUUCAUGUUCCUCCUGAUGUCCUUUAUCGGCGCCCAGGCCGCCAUCGAAAACAAUGAUCCAGGAAACCCUAAUGCACCUCUGUUCCCCUUUUCUCUCCUGUACAUUGCUGCUUCUUUCGGAUCUGCACUGGCCGUCAAUGUAUGGGUUUUUUAUAGAGUAACGGGUGGCAUGUUCAACCCUGCUGUAAGUGUCGAGAGUAUCUGGCUAUACAAUGAUUCCUCUUCCGUGGCCGAUGAACUAAUUACAGUCCACAAGGUCACGCUUGGUCUCGUCCUUGUCGGUGCAGUCAAGCCGCUUCGUGGCCUCUUCAUCUUUCCCACUCAAAUCGUCGCCGGUAUUGCUGCCGCCGCAGUCACUGAUGCUCUACUUCCCGGCCCUCUGCUCGUGGCCAACAAGCUAUCUUCUGGCACUAGCAUCUCCCGCGGCCUCUUUAUUGAAAUGUUCCUCACAUCACAGCUCGUCAUCACCGUCUACUUCCUUGCCGUGGAAAAGCACCGUGCCACGUUCUUGGCUCCCCUGGGCAUUGGCCUCGCCGUCUUCAUCGCCCACAUUUGCGGUACAAACUUCACCGGAACUGGCAUCAACCCAGCCCGAUCAUUUGGCCCUGCUGUCGUCACCGACUUCACGGGCUACCAAUGGAUCUACUGGGUUGGGCCAUUCUUAGGCUCUCUUCUUGCCUUUGCUGUCUACACCAUUCUCAAGUGGUUGGAGUAUCACACUGCCAACCCAGGCCAAGAUGACGACAGCACUGCGAAGAAGACGCCCGCUGGUUUUUCUAUCCCUACAAAUGACAGGCAGUUCGGCAAUAGCGACGCAGCGAAGCAUCGGCCGCCAUCUGAGCCGCGAGAUAGCGGAGUGGCUCAGACUAACUCGACGCCACAGGGGUUCCAGGCUGUGUAA